CCGCGAGCCAUCCGCCGCACAAGAAGAUCCGCGAAAAAGAGGCUCGAAACGCAUACUUUUGUUUCGUGAAAGGAACUCGUUCCAAUCAAAGCAGCCCCGCUUUCUCGCAAGCUGCAGGGCAAAACAUUGCUGCCUCUACGGCUAGCCACGCCGCCCCGGCUUCCGUUCGCAUUGCCGCCACCAGCAUCCCUAGUCCCCAUCCCCGCCACGGGAAGCUUUCACUCCUGUGGUUACACGUAUCAAUUUGUUCUUACCUGCCACGUUGUUCAUGCAUGUAGACUCCAUCCAGCUGCCAAUUCGUUCAAGCUGGUCUCGUCUAAAAAUAGCAGUUUCACGCCAAGCCGGUUGGGAUGCAAACUUGAAGAAGGAUACCAGAAAUACAGACUUCAAAAGCUUUUAGAAAGAAAGGAUGUGUAGCGAAUAUUCAAAAUGAACUAAUUUAAAGCAGCAAUUCAACUGCAGAAAGUUUAUAAUAAUGGAGCAAUUGGCUGAGAGAAUCCCGAAAAAAGAUAAUAGAUCACAAUAAAGUGCAACCGUUGCAACUAGGAUUGUCAAAUAUGAAGUUCCCAUUUUGCCGGUAGUUUUUCUUUCCAGGUGAUUGUCAUCGCGCCUGAACCAGCUUCCCGUUUAUGCCUGAAUCCCAUCCAGCAGGUGCCCCCUUUGGGUUUUAGUUCUUGUUUGCUGGAAGAACGACUUUCCUAAUUCUUUCAGGACCUACUGAGACGAGGCACCCGUGAUUCUCUUUACCAUUUCUAAGACUCGCAAACCUCACCACAAUUGGUUUCGUCGAUAAAAUUGCAAGUUGCUGCGGAGGGCUCAGAACCACAGAGUGGAAGGAAACGAGGAUGGCAGCCAGCAAUUCAACUGCAGAAAGUUUACAAUAAUGGAGCAAUUGGCUGAGAGGAAUCCCGAAGAUAUAUAAUGGAUCACAAUAAAGUGCAACCGUUGCAACUAGGAUUGUCAAAUAUGAAGUUCCCCAUUUUGCUGGCAGUUUUUCUUUCCAGGUGAUUGACAUCGCGCCUGAACCAGCUUUCCGUUUAUGCCUGAAUCACACGCAGCAGGUGCCCCCUUUGGGUUUUAGUUCUUGUUUUCUGGAAGAACGACUUUCCUAAUUCUUUCAGGACCUACCGAGGCGAGGCAUCUGUGAUUCUCUUUGCCAUUUCUAGGAGUCGCAAACCUCACCACAAUUGGUUUCGUCGAUAAAAUUGCAAGUUGCUGCGUAGGACUCAGAGCCACAGCAGUGGAAGGAAACAAGAAUGGCAGCCAGGUACUUGGCCAUGGCGUGCCUGCGGAAGCAGAGCCACGACCUCUCUCCGACGCCGCACUAUCCCUCCAUGCCAAAGUACCCGAGGGGGUGGGCCGUCGGGGAGGCCUCGGAUGGGUUCUCCAGCAGUCCCAAGAAGAAGGUCCUCUUCUCAGUAACAGGGAUGAGGUGCUCAGCCUGCGCGGCAUCCAUUGAAAAGGCCAUCAAGCGCCUCAAUGGCAUCCAUGACGCUGUAGUCGAUGUCGUUCGUGGCAAGACCCAAGUCAUUUUUUACCCGGAAUUCGUUAUCGAGGAGACGAUUAGAGAGGCCAUUGAAGAUGUAGGGUUUGAAGCUACACUAAUUCAAGAAGGUUCAAGUGAAAGGAAAUCACUAAUUUGCCGGAUCCGUGUGAAAGGAAUGACUUGUACAUCCUGCUCUUCAACUGUCGAAUCUGUUCUGCAAGCUGUUCAUGGUGUGCAGAAAGCGGUUGUUGCUCUAGCUACAGAGGAAGCAGAAAUCAAGUAUGACGUAGGCCUCGUGUCCUGUAAGAAGCUUAUCGAUGUGAUUGAAGAUACUGGUUUUGAGGCAAUCUUGAUCACUACAGGAGAAGAUUGUAACAGGGUGACACUCAGUCUUGAAGGAGCUACUACAGAUGAGUCCAUGAGAAGGAUUGAAUGUUCACUUCGUGCAUUGCCGGGAAUUGAAGAAAUUGAAAUCUACAAUAACUUGCAUCAGGUGUGCAUAUCAUACAAGACUGAUCGUGUAGGGCCAAGGCAUUUUAUUAAUGUGAUUGAAUCAACAGAGUAUGGACAUGUCAAGGCAACGAUAUCUUCUCAUGAAGGAGACAAACUUCUUGAUAGAAGCAAUGAAAUUAAACAGUAUAGAAGUCAUUUCUUGUGGAGUUUGGUGUUCACGGUUCCUGUGUUCUUAACUUCUAUGGUCCUGAUGUACAUUCCACGGGUAAAAGGCAUCUUGGAACAUAAUAUCGUGAACAUGCUGACAAUUGGAGGGCUUUUAAGAUGGAUUUUGUCUACUCCUGUUCAGUUUAUCAUAGGCAGAAGAUUUUACAGUGGAUCUUAUAAAGCUCUUCGUCAUGGCUCCCCAAACAUGGACGUGUUAAUUGCACUGGGAACCAAUUCUGCUUACUUUUAUUCAGUAUAUUCGGUGAUCAAAGCUGCAACAUCUCCAAAUUUCAUGGGCAUGGAUUUUUUUGAGACCAGUGCAAUGCUCAUAUCUUUUAUUUUACUAGGGAAAUAUCUCGAGGUAUUAGCUAAGGGUAAAACAUCAGAUGCUAUUGCAAAGCUAGUGUGCUUGAAACCAAAAACAGCAAUCUUGCUAGGAGUUGAUAGUGAAGGGAAUGUGAUUUCUGAAGAAGAGAUGGAUGCUAGGUUGAUACAGCAAAAUGACAUUAUUAAGAUACUUCCUGGUGAAAAGGUAGCUGCAGAUGGGAUAGUUGUUUGGGGACAGAGUCAUGUUAAUGAGAGUAUGAUAACAGGGGAAGCUAGGCCAGUUGGGAAGACAAAGGAUGAUGCUGUGAUAGGAGGUACAGUAAAUGUGAAUGGAGUUUUGCAUGUCAAGGUCACCCGUGUUGGGUCAGAAAGCGCUCUGUCACAGAUUGUUCAAUUGGUUGAAGCAGCACAGUUGGCUAAAGCUCCAAUCCAAAAGUUUGCAGAUCGUAUAUCCAAGUAUUUUGUGCCAAUGGUCAUUGUUGCUUCUUUAUCCACUUGGUUAGCUUGGUUUCUAGCUGGAAAAUUUAAUGCCUACCCAAAGUCAUGGAUUCCCCCUUCUAUGGACCACUUUCAGCUUGCUCUUCAGUUUGGCAUUUCUGUCAUGGUCAUCGCCUGUCCCUGUGCACUGGGCCUUGCGACUCCCACUGCUGUCAUGGUUAGUACUGGUGUAGGUGCUUCUCAAGGAGUAUUGAUUAAAGGUGGUCAAGCAUUGGAGAGUGCACACAAGGUUGACUGCAUCGUGUUUGACAAGACUGGAACACUUACCAGGGGAAAGCCUACAGUCAUCAGCACCAAGCUUUUGAAGAAUAUUGUUCUUCGUGAUUUUUAUGAACUAGUGGCAGCAACUGAGUUGAACAGCGGGCACCCACUAGCCAAGGCCAUUGUUGAGUAUGCAAAAAUAUUCAGAGAGGAAAACGGCUCGGCUUGGCCUGAUGUGCAGAAUUGUGAAUCUAUUACCGGCCAUGGUGUGAAGGCCACCCUUUGUAACAAAACCGUACUGAUUGGGAACAAAAGUUUGAUGCUGAACUCUGGUGUUGCUAUUCCUAUUGAAGCCUCUGAUAUCAUCGAAGAGAUUGAAAAAUUGGCAAUGACAGGGAUAAUGGUUUCUAUAAAUGGGGAGCUGGUGGGGAUCAUAGCUAUAUCUGACCCAUUGAAGGAUAACGCUCAAGAAGUUAUUUCCAUUCUCAGGUCCAUGGGCAUCAGAACUAUAAUGGUAACAGGGGACAAUUGGGGUACAGCAAAUGCUGUGUCAAAAGAGCUUGGGAUUGACGAAGUCAUUGCAGAAGCUAAACCAGAUGAGAAGGCAGAGAAAAUAAAAGAGCUACAGAUGUCUGGUUUAACGGUCGCAAUGGUGGGAGAUGGCAUAAAUGACUCACCUGCACUCGUUGCUGCCGAUGUCGGUAUGGCUAUCGGUGCUGGCACUGAUAUCGCUAUUGAAGCAGCAGACAUUGUGCUGAUGAAAAGCAACUUGGAAGAUGUUGUAACUGCGAUAGACCUCUCCAAGAAGACAUACCUGAGAAUUCGCUUAAACUACAUGUGGGCUCUUGGGUACAACUUGGUAAGUAUUCCAAUUGCAGCUGGAGUCCUCUUCCCAUUAACGCAUUUCAGGCUUCCACCCUGGGUCGCAGGUGCUGCCAUGGCUGCGUCUUCGGUCAGCGUGGUAUGCUGCUCUCUUUUACUAAAAACUUAUCGCAGGCCCAAGAAGCUGGACAGACUCUCAACUAGCAGGAUUGUGGUCGAACGGUGACCAUUUGUUGCCCCUGCAUGCUGGCAUCGUCAUACAUAGUGCAGGGUAAUAAUUCUCUGUUACGGUCAACCAUGCUACUUCUUUUUACUCAAAUGGAAAGUUGAUUACUUCAAAAGGCCCUAUGCUGAAUCUUACAAGAUUGUGGUC